AUGAGUAACGUCACAAAAGAAAAGCCGACCUUAGAGGAGGUCGAAGCGCAGCCCACCUCCACGGGCACACCCGUCUACGAUGUCAACGAUGUCAACGAGAAGGUCGAUUACGACAGGAUGCGCGCCGUCAAUGCCGAGAAGGUCGAAUUUGACAUGACUGUGAUCCAGGCUGUCAAGGCCUAUCCCGCUGCCAGUUGGUGGGCAUUCGUCAUGUCAUGCACCAUUAUUAUGGAGUCCUACUGUGUUUUCUUGAUGGGACAGUUCAUAGCCACAGCUCAAUUCGCUCGAGAUUUCGGUGUAUACAGCGAAAAAACCAAUGAGUGGAUUAUCGAAGCUUCAUGGCAGUCAGCAUUCCAGUGUAGCGGACCAAUCGGUGCCUUCAUCGGUGUCUUCAUUGCAGGUCCCAUUACCAGCAAGAUUGGAUAUCGAUGGGCAACCAUUGGCGGUCUCAUGUCUUUGAACGCCUUCAUCUUCAUCUUCUAUUUCGGCAACAGCCAGGGUAUGUUCUUCGCGGCCCAGAUCCUGGAAGGCAUCCCGUGGGGUAUCUUUGUCGCCAAUGCACCCGCAUAUUGUACCGAGAUUGUGCCACUGAGAUUGAGAGCUCCAGCGACACAGAUGUUGCAGAUGUUCUGGGCUAUUGGAGCGAUCAUUGUCGGCGGUAUCACUUACCACUACCAAUCCAAGAACAACUCCUCAGCGUACAGAGUUCCCAUCGCACUCCAGUGGAUGUUCCCUACUCCUCUCGCUAUCUUACUCUUCAUUGCGCCUGAAUCACCCUGGUGGCUCGUACGUAAGGGCCGCCUGGCUGAGGCAGAGAAGGCUGUCAAACGCCUUGGACGCGCCAGUGCAAAUGAUGAUCCCGCUGACGCAGUCGCAAUGAUGCGCCGCACGAUUGAGCUUGAGAAGAGCGUGGAGCAACCCAGUCUUGUUGAGCUGUGGAAAGGUACCGAUCGCUACCGUACCUUGAUUGUAUGCGGCGUGUACGCAUCUCAGAAUCUGACAGGCAAUCUGAUCGCUAACCAAGCGGUUUACUUUUUCAAACAGGCCGGCAUGGCAGAAAACACCGCAUUUGCACUUGGUCUCAUCACUUCCGCCCUCCAGUGGAUCAUGGUCAUGGUAUCUUGGGUCCUCACUACAUACCUUGGCCGACGCACCAUUUAUGUCUAUGGUCAAUUCAUCAACUGUGCAUUCUUAGUCGCGCUCGGUAUUGCGGCUUCAGUUGGCAGUAGUACGGCGGCUAACAAUGCGCAAGCAUCACUUGGCUUGAUCGUCUCCGUCCUGUUCUGUUUGGGACCCGCCCCUGCCUCAUGGGUCAUCAUUGGCGAGACCUCUUCCGUUCGUCUUAGGCCACUGACAACCGGUAUCGGACGAGCUGCCUAUUACUUGGUCAAUAUUCCUUGCAUCUUCCUUGCUAGCUACAUGCUCAACACUGAUAAGUGGAACCUCGGCGGCAAGAGCGGCUACAUCUGGGCUGCCACCGCCUUGAUCUGUAGUGUCAUGUCUUGGAUCUGGAUUCCAGAGAUGAAGGACAGGUCAUUCCGUGAGAUCGACAUUUUGUUCACGCGUCAUGUCCCGGCUCGCAAAUGGAAGAAGACGACGGUCGAUAUCAACGACGAUGAGUAG